GAGGAGCCAAUUGAAACUAAAUAAUCUACUAUUAUUUUGAUUUUCAUAUUUAAAAUUUACUGCAAUACAUUCAAUAUUAUAAUAAUGAUGUAAACGUUUAGAGUUUACAGUUUUAUACUUCUUAAAUAGAAUAAUCGCUGGUGUUGCAUCAUGACAUCUGUUUGUUUUGAUCCCACAUUAAAUUAAUUUUUAAAAGUUUUUGAUAGUAAUAAAUUAUAAUGGAGGGUGGAGAAUGGAGAAGUAAUAUUAUUCGCCAAAUACAGGCAAGGAACAAGUACGAAACUUCAGCGUUUCAAGAUAUUAUAUCUUUUCAAAGUCGACUGUUUGAUAAUGUGAAUACACUUAAAAAUGAAAACCUGCAACUGACUUUGAUCAAUGAAAGAAUCAAAUAUUCUAAUACAGAUAAUGUGACAUCAAGUGGAGCCACUGCAGCCACUGAAAAAAUACAAGUCCUGGAGCAUAAAAUUCUAGCGCAACAAGAAGAAUUGACUUCUUUACAUAGACGCAGAGGAGAAAGUGCACAACAGAUAAUCAAUUUAAAUGACAGGGUACAUGAGUUAGAAAGACAACUUCAGAAUAAAGAUGUCAUAAUUUCAGAAAAUACAGCCAUUACAGCAUCUUUGAGAGCUGAGAUUCAAAUGUACGAAAACAAUAUGGCUGAGUUACAAGGGUUAAAUCAAGUGCUAAGGGAUGAACAUCAAGCUUUACAGAUAGCGUUUGCAUCAAUAGAGGAAAAAUUAAGAAAAGCUCAGGAUGAAAAUCGAGCGUUAGUGGACAGAUUAAUAAAAUAUAAAGCAAAAGAUGCAGAUAAAAUGAACGAAGAGAAUGAGCAUUUUCUUAAGUCAAGCAACCCUACCGCGUUUUUCAUCAACACGUUUGGUAGAGUUAGUUUCGGAAAGAAAAGUGAUAAGGUGAGAAAAGAACUUGAAGAAGCAGCGAGAGAAAGUGGCAGCAGAAGUAGCGCAGAAUCACCUGGCAGUUCCUCUGAAGAUAAAUUGAUUGAGUCUAUGCCGUUUUACACGACUGUGUUACCAACUAAAGUCGCUUUGAAAUUCGAUGCGCAUGACGGAGAAGUAAAUGCCGUAAAGUGGAGUCCCACAGAUCGUGUGGUGGCUACAGGAGGUGCUGAUAGGAAAGUUAAAUUAUGGGACGUAUCAAAAUCUAUGAUCGAAAAUAGAGGAAACCUGGUUGGUUCGAAUGCUGGCGUGAUGUCAGUAGACUUCGAUUCGACCGGCGCGUAUAUAGUAGGCGCUUCCAAUGAUUUCGCGAGCCGCGUGUGGACUGUAGCGGACCAGCGGUUAAGGCACACGCUGACUGGGCACAGUGGGAAGGUGAUGGCAGCUAAGUUUCUUGGUGAAUCAACCAAGGUGAUCACCGGUAGCCACGACCGGACACUCAAAAUUUGGGAUCUCAGGAGUAAAAGUUGUACAGAAACAAAGUUCGUAGGAUCAUCAUGCAAUGACCUCGUGACGUCGGAUGGUGCAGGCUCAACAAUAAUCUCCGGGCAUUUCGACAAGACGAUACGGUUCUGGGACAUCCGUACAGAAAUGUCGGGGAACCAUAUAAUGCUGCAGGGCAAAGUCACGUCACUUGAUCUUAAUAGAGAUAGCAACUAUUUAUUGGCGUGUGUACGGGACGACACAAUACAACUAAUAGACUUACGGAUGAACACGAUUGUCCGUUCUUUCAGCCACGAGUCUUUCAAAGUAGGAUGCGACUGGUCCAGAGCCGCGUUCGGCCCCGGCGGGAGACUGGUUGCUGUGGGAUCUGCAGACGGCGCUGUAUACGUAUGGAAUACACACACUGGACGGGUAGAAUCAAUACUCAAAGACCACUCGUUAGCGGUGACGGCCGUGUCGUGGCACCCGCAGUCGGGACUCCUCGCGUCGGUGGACCGGGGCAAGCGGGCACUCAUCUGGGGCGAUUUGUGACAGGCCUGGGAAGCGCCGCGCCCCCCGCCGCCUCUACAACAGUCAACCAGACAUGGAGAGGGCGACGAUGGCGAUUCCGAGAGCGGAGAGGUGUUCGACUUCCUACGAGGCAUCACUACCGAUAUACUCCAUCGGUUCUCGUAGUGUAGCCGGCGAUGUACAUGCAACAUAUUAGCGUCCCUAAAUUUACGGCCAACGAUGUCACUCGCAAUAAACACCCAAUGAAGUCCUUGGAUUGUUUCCGACUCCUAUAUUUAUAUAAAUUUCGUGGAUACUUCCCUUUACUAUUGGUGAUAUGUGCCUCAUGAGGCCAGGUAACAAAUUUUUGUACUUUUAGAAAUUAUAAACAUUUUAAUGUCGAAUGGAAAAACGUAUGAAAUUCGCGUAUAUAGAAUCCGAUACCAUGAUCGUUAACAAUAUAUUCUGAGUUAAAAAAAUGAAAUGCAUAACUUGGUUAUAUAUACAUUUCCAUACGGAUAUAAGAAAUGGUAAAUUUAUUACAGGAACAAAUAAUAGAUGUAAUUCAUCUUUCAUGUUUUCUGAGAAGAAAAUGUUUAAGGAAUUUAAUUUAAUAGGUCACACACACAGCGUAUAUAAUAAUUUUAAUUUCACAUUAAUAAUAUGUAUUGGUAACGGUGCUAUGCGUUACAAGUUUUUGGCAUUGUAAUUUAAAAGAAAGCCACUAUGAUUCACCUAACUUUUAGCUCUGCACCGGAGGUUGUCAGAUUCGAAUUUAACUACGGAAAUCGCUUAUUGUACUGGUGAUUGCACAUUUAAUAUAUAGAUAAGUAUCUAUGUUAUUUUGCGAGUAUCGCUCUCGCAUUGAAGCCAAUUUAGUUUUUAAGUCGUCUUCCGCAAAUUAGACAUAAUAUUAUGUAGUCUCAUUUCAUUCCUUUUUUCCAACAUAAGUUUUUUUGGAAUCCUUUCUACUGUUAUUGGCUUAUAAUAAUUCAAAAUUGUUUCGUAAUAUGCUCAUUAAUGAAACUUAUGUUGAUAUUACUUAAGGUAUUCUAGUAAUGGUAUGGUUGGGAACACGUGUAUGCUAAUAAAAUACAUAAUGACAUCAACUUUGCGUAACGACAGUGCAAGUGAUAAUUAAAGCUUGUAAAUUAAAAAUAGCAAGCAAUAAAAGUCGCCAUUUUCAGCUGAGACAUAACGGGUUUUAUAAUCUUGCGAUGUAAUGCCUGUUAUAUAUUGCUCUUCUUAACUAGCUGUUGGAUACUUCUACAAAAUAAAAAUAUGUUACAACUGUAUAUCAAAAUUUUAAAAUUAAUACGGUGGUUAACUCUACCUGGACAAUCUAUGUGGACAAUCAUGCUACUUGAAUCAAAU